AUGCAAAAUAAUUUUCGAACAUUCCUAACGAUUCGCGCCGCGUUGUUGCAUCGAGUAAAAUUUGCAGAAAUAUGGAAAGAUAUUUUAAAAAAGCUGUGCCGGCUCCAAUUGAGACAUCUUCGAGUGAAGAGGACAAUUUGAAUGAAGUUGAACCGAAAAAUACUAAAAGGUGUUCCCAAAGAAUUGAUUUACAAACAUCCGAGAGUGAAAGUUCGUGCAGCUAUUCGGAUGAGGAAUCACCGCGCAGAAAGACCAAAAGGUAUUAUAUUCACAUGCCGCUUUUAUUGUUUUUUAUAUUAAAUGACGUUUUUUUGUGGCGCAGAUAUACCCAACAAGUGAGAAAAGCUUGGUUCAGCGAUAAAAGGUUUAAAGAUUGGAUAUCUGAAUAUGAUGACAAAAUAUUGUGUAAGUUUUGCGGCUGUAAAUUGACACCAAAAUUAUGCACUUUGAUAGCGCAUGCAAAUACGAAAAAACACAAAGCAACAGCAGGUCCAUUUUUAAGAGGAAAGCAGGCAACAAUUUCUUUUAAAGCUGUUGGUAUUAUUUAUGAUACAAAGCGAGCCGAAUUAGCUAACGCACUUUACGUCGCUUCACACACAGCUAUCUGUUCCGUAGAUCAUUUAUCUACGAUUCAAAGAAACUCGUUUCACGACAGUUCAAUAGCUACAGGAAUAAAACUGGCUCGAUCAAAAUGUAGUGCUUUAAUUCGAAAUGUGCUAUGUCCAUAUUUUAAAAAUCGGUUACUUUCUGAUAUCGGUAGCAAUCCAUACAGCUUAAUUAUUGAUGAAUCGACAGAUAUAAGCGUUAAAAAGUACCUCGGAAUAGUGAUAAGAUAUUAUAGCGCUACCAGCAAAUCAAUUGUUAAUACAUUUCUUACACUAUCAGUUAUCGAGGAUUGCACGGCAAAAGGAUUAGUAGAUUCAAUCUUAAAAACAUUGAGUGAGUUUGGGUUAGAUAUUAAAAACUUAAGGGGCUUAGGAACAGAUAAUGCUAGUGUUAUGGUAGGCAGAAACCGAGGCGUGAUUUCUUUAUUAAAGCAACAUCAACCUAAUAUUGUUUUAGUUCCAUGUGUUUGCCAUUCGAUCCAAUUGGCUGUUUCGUCUGCUUCGAAAUUACUUCCCAAUAAAAUUGAAUUUUUGAUAUCAGAAACAUAUAACUGGUUUUCUAAAUCCGCAAGUAGACAAAAUAGCUAUUCCAUGUUGUAUGCUGCCAUAAAUGAUGGGCUAGAACCUUUACAAAUGGUUAGAGCCUGCUCUACUAGAUGGCUGUCUAUCGAAGUUGCCGUUAAAAGAGUAACCAGUCAAUGGUUGGAAUUGAAAACGCACUUUGGUAUUGCUGCAACAGUGGAAUGCUGUCAUAAAGCGAAGCUGUUGGCAAAUCUGUUCUCUGACGAAAAUUUAGCUUAUUUAAUGUUCCUUGGCCCUAUAUUAAAAGAAGUUCAAAUGGUGAAUAAGCUUUUUGAAAGCAAUUCUGUAGACCCCCUCAAGAUGUUCAGUGACUUAAAGUAUCUACUUUCAAAUCUUUGCUCACUUGUUACUUACUCCUCAGAAACUUUUGACCCAUUGUCUUCUCCGUUGUUGCCGUUAUUAAUUCCUCUUCCUUGUUUCCAUUACUCCUUUGAGGAGUUUAUGAAAACAAACAUUAAUGAUAUAGAUACAGAAAAAAAUAUACGAGAUAACUGCCGUAGUUUUCUUAUUAAACUAAUAGAGCAAUUACGCCAACGUUUGCCAAGUAAUAUCGACACUUUGAAAAAUAUUAAUUUCUUUUCUAUGGAAAAAGCACUGAGCGCUGUAAAAACAAACAUAUUUGAUAGUUUCAAACAAGAAAAAUGUAGAUAUACAUCUGACGAGAUAAGUAACAUAGAAAUGCAAUGGAAGAAAUUGCAUCUAAUCGAAUGGGAAGGCAUAGAUUCCACAGUUGCAUUUUGGACACAGGUUCGGGAGUAUAAGAAUGCGUUCGGGGAAAAUCCUUUUGCCAGUCUUUCUAAUUUUGUUUUUGAAUUUUUGGUUCUGCCGCUGAGCAAUGCGGAGGUUGAGCGUAUUUUUAGUACGAUGAAUAAUGUAAAAACUAAGGUGCGAAAUAGGACUAGUACUACAAUGUUAAAUGCAAUUUUAUGUAUAAGGUAUGGACUAAAAAAAGAAAAGAAGUGCUGUCAUGACUUUGUCAUAACAAAAGAUCUCAUUAGUCUCAUGAACAAUUCCAGUAUUUAUUCUUAUUCCUCGGAUGAUGAAGAAAAUUUUGACAUAGAAAUAUAAUAAGACUUUUACAGCCCAAUCUAAUAUAAACGCAUUGCGGUAACUUUUUGUCAAAAAUUGUCUCAUGUACAUACAAGUUGUAUGAAAGUAACAUAAAUUAAUUUGCGUGCGUAAAAACCUAAUUUGAUUUCCAAUUUUGGUUCUGCGUGACACCAGGGUUUGACAUAUACACACAUAUUUUUAUCAAGAAAACUUGUGUUUAUAUCGGUUAGAGCAAAAAACGUCGUUUAUGUUCGUGCGUUUAUAUUAGGUUGGGCAGUUAGUAAAAGGCGCAUUUUUUAUUUUGUUAACUGGAAGUGGAAAUAAUUUUAUGAAGUACAAAUUGCAAUGUUUCGUAGCUUUAUA